CGUGGUUGGAGGAUGCUUCGUCGAGACCUCCGGGUAACGCUCUGCUUCUGUUAUUCGCGUUCUUAUCCUGGUGUCCAGAGAAGUCUUUGUCGGCGAUUCCCCGCAGUGUCGUCGUGUCGCGGUGGUGGUGUGAGUGAUUUUGUGAGAAUGUGUUGUGGUUGUUCAUAAAAGGCGAGUGGUGUACCCUCACGUUGGAUAUCUUCUUCCCGAUUUUCCUGGAGAAAGUGAAUGUAUUCACGGCAAGCUAGGGUUUGGUUAUUGCCUUCAAAUAGCAAAACUGUGAUGAACUUCAACGAUUGCAUUGUGCAAAGGUGCGUCAAGAAAAGGGAAAAGUGAAGGAAAGAACUCCCCUGGGUCCAUAGCCGAGCUGUUAAUCAGGGAUUCAGAAUUUAAAAAACACUGCUGGGUAAUAAUAUGGUAUUAACGUAAGCACACACAGGUAUCAUGAUAUGAUACACUCCACCGCUGUAUUGA